AUGAUAAGAAAGAAAGUGACGAUAAUGCGAGAACCAAUAAGUGUAGAUCAAAGACGUUUAGUCACUCUGCGAUAUAUGGCAACUAGGAAUGAUCAUACAACUAUCGCUGCCAAUUAUAGAAUGAGCUCAACGACUGUUGGUCGAAUUAUCUACGAAACAUGCAACGCACUUUGGGACAAACUAAAGGAAAUGGGUUUCAUGAAAACACCUUGCACUGAAAGUGACUGGAAAAAAGUAUCUAAAGAUUUUGAAGAUCGAUGGAACUUUCCUAAUAUGCUGGGAGCAAUUGAUGGAAAGCAUGUGCAGAUGUUUGCUCCUGCUGGACAGGCAUCGAGUUUUUUUAAUUACAAAAAGACUCAUAGCAUUGUUUUGUUGGGAGUUAGUGAUGCAAAUUAUAAAUUCACACUGGUUGAUAUUGGUGAUAGUGGGCGGCAAAGUGAUGGCAGCGUGUAUGCCAACAGCAAUCUUGGCUAUGCUAUUGAAAACAAGCUUCUCAACAUGCCCACAGAUGUCAAGAUUACCCAUUCAACGAAAGUACUACCCCAGGUAUUUGUAGGGGAUGAUGCAUUUGGCCUAAAACGCCACAUGAUGAAGCCCUAUCCUUUUUCAAACCUGUCCGAGAGGAAACUAAUUUUCAAUUACAGGCUAAGCAGAGCCAGACGUGUCAUUGAAAAUGCUUUUGGUAUAUGUGCUAGUCGGUUUCGUGUGUUUCAUAGGCCUAUAGUUGCCAAAGUUGAUAAUGUGAUUGCCAUAACUAAAGCUGUUGUGGCAUUGCAUAACUUCCUUAUGAGUAUAAAUGAAGAUGACGAUUCAAAUCUAUACUGCCCACCAUCAUUUGCUGAUCAAGAUGGGAAAAUUGGUAAUGAGUUUAACCCUGGUGAGUGGCGACAAAAUGCAAAUUGUAUGAAUGGAUUGGGUGACAUUACAGAUGUUGGUGCAUCAAACAACUAUGGUGCAGAAGCUAAGUGGGUUCGUGAACAAUUUGCUGAUUAUUUUCAUAAUGAAGGAGCAGUUGACUGGCAGUGGCAAAUAGUAAGGUAUUCAAAAUAA